GCGGCACAGGUCAACCACUUGAGAUAAUUCUUUGACUACAUCGUUAGCAUCGAUCUAGGCUUCGAAUAGAGAAGAGAGAAAAUCCGUGUUCUUAGAAAGGAAUUCAAAAAGCUUCGCUUCCUACGUCAUUUCCUUAUUACCGAAGACUUACCCGCGACGAUGCUCUAAGAUAUACCCUAGUUGCGUUUAGUAAUGACAUCGACCAGACAUUAGACCCGAACAACUUCAAGAAUUCGACAAGUAUACAAUAUCUCUUGCAGUUGACUUUUCUCUGAUCUCUCGUCUUUGUAUCGAUUCAAUAGCCAUCGCCAGCAUGAGCCCAAAUGAGGGACGAAUUCGCAGCCCAUUUCGGGCACUCGUCCAGGACUUUACUCCGAUAUGGUUCACCUGGUGUAUGAAUGCUGGUGUCAUUGGCAUCCUCUUGCACCAAUUGCCCUACCAAUUCAGUGGGCUUCCUGUCUUGUCAACUAUAGCCUUCGUCGUUGACCUCGUCCUGUUCAUCAUUUUCUCGGCCAUCAUGAUUACUAGAUUCAUCUGGUUUGGAAGGCAGGCGUACUAUGAAAUAACCGACAAUAUCAACGACUUGGCCCUCGGGGCAUGCUGGCCUAUUGCCUGGCAAACGCUGUCAGCUUUGACAUGCCUGAUCGUCAGCAAUGCUUCGUGGGGCGGCCAUGCAUUCACUCUUGUUGGCUAUGCGAUGUGGUGGAUUGGAACGGGAUGGAUGGUGGCUUACCUCCUCUUCACCUUUCUUACUUUGAUCCGUCGACGCAGCGUCAAAGACCGGAAACUUCCCCUGACAAUCGUGAUUCCAGCCGUUGGUGUCGCUACGGUGGCUACAACCGGAGGUCUGAUAGUGAGCUUUGCAGAUGACAUUUCAGCCAGGCUAGCUGUUCCAAUUAUCAUAGUCUCGUUCAUGAUAGUGGGAAUAGGGCUAUUUAUGUCGAUAUUUCUUUACACUUACCUUCUCCACUCCCUGUUUGUGGACGGCUGGCCUCCUGCUGAGAACAUCGCUUCCGUUUGGGUGUUUCUUGGUCCCAUGGGACAGCCAGCAGCCGCUAUACAGCUCUUGAGCUCUGCAGCAAACAAAUACGGUCGGUUUGCUGGCUACAAUCGAGGUACUUUCUUGACGGAAUCGGCAGCAGAGCCAUUAAGUGUUGCUUGCAUACUUCUUGCACUGUGGCUGACCGGGAUGGGAUGCGUUUGGGCAUUGAUGGCCUUCGCAGCAAUGGCCGAGAAGGCAUGGCAACGGCAGUUGAUGUGGACCUUGAGUUGGAACAGCAUCAUAUUCCCUACUGGCACACUUACGACCUCUUUCUUGCUAUUCUCAAUUGCCAUGGACUCCCCCGCUUUCAGAGCGGUCACCACGGCUUUGGUCGUUCUUAUGGUCAUGUGCUUCUUUUUGAACGUUGGGUUUGCCAUUCGGCGCGUGUGCCAGGGCCGACUGCUGAUCGUUCGGCGAGACCCUAGACAAACCGAUUUCGAGAAUGGCCAUGUUGAUUAGGAGUGAUGGCCUAUGCCGACUGGUCAUUUACUAUAUUUUGGCUCAGGAAAUGAAGAUCUGAAGAUUAAAC